UCAACUACAACAGUGGAAUGGGCGAUGUCCGAGCUUAUUAGAAAUCCAAGAGUGAUGGUCAAGGCACAAAGUGAAAUACGGAAAGCCUUCAUAGGAAAGAGAACAAUUGAAGAAACUGAUAUUCAAGAAUUGAAGUACCUAAAGUCAGUGAUCAAAGAAACUUUGAGGCUACACCCUCCAAUCCCUAUGUUGAUUCCAAGAGAGUGUAGGCAGGAAACUGAGAUUGAUGGGUAUAUCAUUCCCAUCAAGACAAGAGUUAUAAUUAAUGCCUGGGCAAUCGAAAGAGACCCCGAGUAUUGGGAUGUUCCAGAAUGUUUUAAACCAGAGAGAUUCGAGAACAGCUCGAUUGAUUUCAAUGGAACUCAUUUUGAGUAUAUCCCUUUUGGUGCAGGAAGGAGAAUUUGCGCUGGAAUUUCAUUUGGUUUAGCAAAUGUUGAACUUCCUUUAGCUCUUCUGCUCUACCAUUUCGACUGGAAACUCCCAAAUGGUCUCAAACCCGGUGAUUUAGACGUGACAGAGACUAUGGGAGUAACUGCACCAAGAAAAAACAAUUUUCGCUUGCUUGCCACUGUGUAUGACGCAUCACUUGACGCUAGUGCAGAAACAUAA